AUGUACGCACAUGGAUGUGUCGUUGGACCAUGUUGUCGACGUCGGUCGAGCAGUACUCGUGCAGUUUCACAUGGUGGCCGGCCCGUUCCUCUGCAGCGGCGUCGUCAUCAUUGGCGUCAUCGGCCAUCGGCAUCGGGAGUUGCCCCCGGGGCGGUCAGGGCGCGUCAGACGAAGAAGGGAAUCGACAUGCCGCCGUUGACAUCGAGCAGGAAGAACGGCCUCGAACGCACCGAAGAUGAUCACUGCUACGUCCACAGAACACAACACUCCCAGCUCAUAUGCCUUCUUGAACAGCCCGUUCUUCCGCUGCACGCCAUGGCAAAUUUCGACGCGCCAACCAAGAACAUGCAACAGACAGACAGCGCAGCACAGCACACAGAGUGGUUACCGACACGAGCGCACAGCAGCGCAGCGGGGCCACUCGGUCAAUGUGUCACACUAGCACUGCAGCUCCCGCACAACGCAUCGCACAAAGAGAAAAUAGAGUCAGCAUGGCGAACUGAAUUGCGCGAGAAAAUAGCACGGGGGAGAGAGAGACGGGACGAUGGAAAUAGGCUAGCGGAUGAAGAGGGACAAGGAGAUGCGCGCACCGUUAUUGGGGUGAUUUCGAUCUUGCGGCGACCCAUGGCGCGCGUCUUCGGACGUGCGAAUAUUGAAGGAGUUGUUCUUGCGAUGGCAGAGUGUGCGGUGGAAGCUGGUCGUGAGAGAGAGGGGAGAGAUGGCGGGAAGAAAGCAAGAGAUGUUGAGAGAGGAAAGCGGAAGGAUGGAACGGGGGCGGGAGAGUGGAUGAGCGAACUGAGCGUAUCGAAAGCGUACAAUUAUCUAUACACCACUGCCAGCUUUAUUUUCCUUUAUUUUGUGUCCUCGGCAUCUCACAUCCCCCCCUCGGCACAGCGCACAACAAACACGCACAAAUACUCACUGUGGCUGCUUUGCCACACCCCCCGUCUGUACACAACAACGCGCUGUCGCGCCAAGCUGCCUUUGCAACCGCAUCGUGUGUGCGCGCAAUUCCACGACGUCGGCCUCUCGCUGCGUGAAUUUACAAGGUCAACACACGGAAUGCACUCGCCCCGCGAUGGUAGUGCUGCGAUUCAGAUGUACGUACGUGAGCGUGGAGACACGGUUAGCUCUAUUUGGCUCGCACGCCGCCGUCUCAGCUCGCGCAUUCCGUUUUCUCGCUCUCCGGAUCCUGUCGCGCUUUAG